AUGGAGUUUGUCUUAUCCAGCUGGGUACCAGACCCAGCACAUAUUGCUGUGACAUUUUCCUCGUUGGGAGUUUUAUUCCAUGUCGGAAUUUUACCUUUCGAGAUUGACACGUCCAUUCUCUAUUUCUUCGGCCUUUUUGCAUUUUUCUGGGCCUGGCUAGUCACAGCUUUUGUGAAGGCUUUCGAUAUGACUGUUCAAGUCGCUAUUUUGAAAGCCUCCUUGGCGGGCGCUUCAUUUCUAGGAGCGCUAGGUACCAGCAUGGUUGUCUAUCUCGUGCCUGAUGUUCAAAAGUCUGGCUCGAAGUACCACCAGGAGUUGGAGAAAUUGCACAAUCAGUAUGGCGACUUCGUCCGAACCGGGCCUCGGCAUUUGUCGAUUAACCGGGCUUCCGCUGUACUUGCAGUUCAUGGUCCGCAGUCCAAAUGUUCAAAGAGCUCGUGGUAUAGCAUCGUCAGUGGGAAUCCAGAUCUCGUCUCUACCUUAAAUGUUCGGGACCAUGAUAUCCAUCGCAAACGUCGUAAGGUUUGGGAGAAAGGACUGGGAAUGAAAGCUGUGGCGGAUUAUAUCCCCCGGAUCGAAAGCAAAACAGACUUAUUGAUGAAGAGAUUAAGUCAACAUGAAGGCAAGCCUCUGGACAUCACUAAGUGGUCUCUUCUUUACACAUUUGAUGUCAUGGGAUUGGUUGCUUUCAGUAAAGAUUACAAACAGCUAGAUGACUCUGCCGAGCACUCUGCGAUUGCCGCCAUGCAUUCUCAGAUGGACAUGCUUGCAAUCUUGAGCCCCGUGCCUUGGAUUAUGUAUGUUCUGGGCUCUAUUCCCGGGUUGAAGACACCGCUCAAGAUUUUCGAGGAGUACUCAGCUUCGCAGAUGAAUGAAAGACGAGACGAAUGGCGUCGAGACAACAAAGAAAAGCCAACGGAUAUCGUUUCUUGGCUAGUCAAAGCAAAGGAUGAACAUGACCCAUGCGCCCCGCCGACUGAUUUUGCAUUCCACGAUGAAGGAAGGCUGGCAAUCAUUGCUGGAAGCGAUACAAGUGGAGCAACAUUGGCAAAUGCCGUCUACUAUCUUUCAUCUCAUCCCAAAAUAUACAAAAGACUACAGCAGGAGGUAGACAAGGCGAAAUUAAAGGGAGAGGAUGCAUCACAAAUUCCUUACAUUGAUGCCAUCAUACACGAGACCCUUCGCCUUAAACCCGUUGUCCCUGGUGGAUUGAACAGGGUCACCCCGCCUGAAGGCCUGACCAUCGACGAAGUUUACAUCCCAGGUAACGUCAUCCUCAUCGUCCCCCAACAUGUGGUUCAGCGAGAUGAGCGCAAUUUUGCUCGAGCGCUGGAGUUUCUGCCAGAGAGAUGGAUGGAAGAGGGGAAGCAUCUGCAUAAAGAUGAACGUGCCUUCUUCCCUUUUAGCAUAGGCCAUUACAGUUGUAUAGGGAAACAGCUGGCAAUGGUGCAACUACGUAUGGCUUUACAGCGUGUGGCGAGCGAGUUUGAUCUCGAGUUUGCUCCUGGAGGAAGUAACGAGAGGUAUGAGAGAGGUGCCAAAGACACCUUUACUAUGACCUGCCCACCCCUAGAUAUGAUCUUCAAGAAGCGGUUAUUAUCGGAGUUUUGUUAG